AUGGAUGCUAGCCCGAGCCUCCAGCUGAUUGGAGCCUGGUCCCGGGCCGCGAGCGAUGCGGCUCCAUCAGCUGCUGCUGUCCCACUGACCCGGCAGUUGAGGAUCCAAGAUCAUCUACGGCGCGAGAUCACGCCAAAGCGCACAAUCGUUCUGCUGGCAUUGAUCGCUAUGAGUAUGGCGACAGAGCGCUUCUGCCCGCCAGACUUUGGCAUUGCGGCAACUGAUAGGUGGAAGCCAUAUGUCGUGGUGGACAGCAUUUGCAUGGGCAUACUUCUUAUUGCAGACGGCUUCCCCCCAGAAGCAGUGCUGUUAGCCUUGACGGUAGUCUACGUUCUGGCGGGAAUCAUCACUGAAGGAGAGGCAUUUGCGGGGUUUUCCAGUCCUGGCGUCCUCGCAUUCGGCGCCUUGUUUGUCCUCUCGGAAGCCUUUGCAGAAGUCAAAGUACUGGAUGCAAUAAUCUCCCGCUGUUUGGGAAGCCCGAGAACGCUCCUGGCGGCACAGUUCCGAAUAACGGUACCUGUUGCCGUGCUGUCUGCAUUUUUCAACAAUGGUCCACUUGUGGCCAUGCUGGUGCCGAUAGUACAGGCCUGGGCACAACGCCACGGACAUUCAGCCGCGCAGCUGCUAAUGCCUCUUGCAUUUGCAUCGACCUUGGGUGGAACUUUGACCAUCAUCGGCUCUGCGGCGAAUCUACUGGCACAUGAUCGGGCUCGAGCUCUGGAUCCACCUGUCACCAUCGGCUUCUUCGAUCUGACGCCUUAUGCUGCUCCUUUGGGCCUGCUGGGCUUGUGCUAUAUGCUGAUCGCUGGCCCCAGGUUAUUGCCUCAAAGUGGGGACGCGCAACCAGCCCGACUUUCCUCGAAGCAGACCCAGUCUGGAAAUGAGGAGGUGGUGCCUGAUGUUGAGCAAGAUCAACUGCGCAGGUACCGCAUUCUGUUCGUGGUUCGAAGCCGCUGUCCAUCGAUAGGAUGUAGCUUGUAUGAUAUGGGUUUGACACGUUUGCCCGACGUUUUGGUUUUGGAGAUUCGUCGCCACGGCGAAGCCUUGCCAGAUACUUUUGGCACGCCACUCUGUGCUGGAGAUUUAGUGAAGGUGUCCGCCAGCGCAGCAAGCAUUGCUCGGCUGCGCAAGUCUUACGACGGCCUGGAGCCGGCAGUUCACAAAGACCUUGCAACACUGGGCCCUCACAGGAGACACCGACGACUCUUCGAAGCAGUGGUUGCUGCGAACUCUGCCCUCGUGACUGAGCCGUUGGUCAAGCAAAAGGAGAGGCUUCUUCACAAAGCUGGGUCGGUUAUUCUUGCUGUGCGCGCAUCCUCAAGUGAUGCAGCCGCAGAUGUCGAAGCCCGUAACCCAAGUCAGCUUGCACAGGGGGAUGUUCUGCUGUUGGAGGCUUUUCCUGACACGUUGGACAGGCUGCCGGAUUUCUCGGUGAUAGCAGCCGUCGAGUCCUCGAAACCCCCGCGGAGGGGUCGGCAGCAGGACAGACUCCGGGGCCUGUUGUGCUUGGGUGGCUUCAUGCUUGCGAUCGGGUUGAACGGUUUCGGCUUCCUUCCCUUGGCAACGGCGAUCUUGGCGCUGGACUUCUUCUGCUGUUGUGCAAAGGUUCUCAGCUGGCGAGAGGCAAUGCUCGGCGUCAAUGGCAGCGUAAUGAUGACCAUUGCUGCCUCUUUCGGCAUUUCUGCAGCAAUGACACGAACUGGAGCCGCAGCUGCUCUGGCAAAUGCAUUGUUGAAUGUUGGACUGCAUUCAGGUCCAUUUGGAGUUCUUUGCAUGGUGUACGCUGGCACUGCACUCUUAACCAACAUAAUCAGCAACACUGCCACGUGCGUGAUGAUGAUUCCGGUGGCCGUGCAUGUUGCGAAGCAGCUACAGCAGUCUGAGGGAUGCGAGGCGAUAGACGAGAAGACACUGCUAUUCCUGGUCAUUUUCGCUGCGAAUGCUUCCUUUGCCACACCCCUCGGUUCCCCUUCAAACAUUCUGGUUGUAGAAGCUGGCAACUACACCUUCAGUGAUUUUGUGCGAUUUGGAGGCAUGCUCCAGAUCAUUAUGAUGUGGGCAACAUGCACCGCUCUGUAUUUCUUUCCUUGCUCUGCGUCCUAG